CGGCAGCAAGCGCACGCACAACGCAAGCAAGCAAGGGAAUGAUGGCUUGGGGUGUGCAGCGGAAGUUUGAGGUGAUUGAGCGGGUAGAGGCCAACGAUGACAAGCUGACCACCGUCUCCGUCAUGAGCAUGCGCCGUAUCACAGAUGACCAGUGCAAGCAGCUGCUGACGGCGUUGAAAGGCAACACACAUGUCAAGGACUUUUCCAUCUCUCGCGCGUUUAACGACGACUUGCUGCGUGGCUUUGCUGACAUGCUGGCUGAGAAUGCGACACUGACCACGCUGUCACCCGGCAACUCUUCCCUCGGCGACGCCGGCUUUGCUGCCCUCCUCAACGGCAUUGUGGCCUCCAAAUCCCUGCAAUCACUGAACAUGGAGCAUCGGGGCUUGACACCUGAAUCCGCCAGCGCCAUUCGCGCGUGCUUCUUUCAGUCUCACCUUCGUCACCUCAACCUCGCCAGCAACACAUUGACCGGCGCGUUGGCAGCUGCGCUGUCACAGCGGCAGGAGAAUGGCGGUGCCGCGCGUGUGUCCGGGCUUGAAGAGCUGAACCUGAGCAGCACAAGCCUUACCGCGCAUGACGGACGUGCACUCGCUGCUGCCAUCUCAGCAGGGCACCUGCCGUCGCUCACCACCCUCGACCUCUCCAACAACGCCAUGCUUGGUGCUGCGGCGUGCGAUGUGCUGCGCGCAGCGGCUGCCUCCUCACACGUGACCACGCUCGACCUCUCAUCCACAGGCAUGGGCGGCAGUGGUGGUGGUGGUGGUGUUGACAGUGAUGAUGUUAGCGGCGUUGGUGCUGCUCUUCUGGAUGCAUUCUCAUCCCCGAACUCGCAGCUCAAGGUGCUCAAGUUGGAAAGCUGCGGCCUCACACGCGCCGCCCUCAGCCCGCUCACCGCUGCCCGUCUCGAAUCUCCGGCUCGCCUCGCCGUCUUUAGCUUGGCUGCAAACGACGGGGUCAAGGACGUCGACCUUGUACACAUUGUGACGAAGGUGGUACAUGCAGAGUGCCUUGAUCUGGGACAGUGCGGCCUCUCCCCAGGUCAGGCUGCAGCCAUCAUCCAAGCGUUGCCUGCAAGCACGCGAAAAUGUCGCCUCUUUGGCAACGCCAUUAUCGAUACCAGCGAUGAUGAUGUGAAUGCACUGCUUGACGCAACAUGCGCACAUCUGGAAGACCUUGAUCUUGGCGGUUACGGCCUCUCACAAGAGUAAAGCG